AUGACGAUUCCUAAUUCCGAUUUCAUGGUUGAGAACGGAGUCUGUGAUUUGCCGUUCACUCCUGAGGAAGAGAAACGUAUCGUGUCGGAGCUGACUACUGAAUCAGAGAGUAAUUUGAACGAAGGGAACGUUUAUUUUGUCAUCUCUAAAAGGUGGUAUACAAGCUGGCAGAAAUAUGUUGAGCAAUCGAUAAGUGAAUGUAUAAGUGGAGAGUCCUCUGAAGCGUCGAGGCCUGGACCGAUUGAUAACCAUGAUAUUAUCGAAAGUGAAAGCGACGAUAAAGAUCCACAACUUCGUAGAUUGCUGGUGGAUGGAGAAGACUACGUUUUAGUUCCUCAAGAAGUUUGGAAAAGACUUGUUGAAUGGUAUACCGGAGGUCCUCCGAUAGAAAGGAAGAUGAUCUGUCAAGGGUUUUACAGUAGGAGUUAUAGUGUUGAGGUGUACCCACUCUGCCUUAUGUUGACAGACAGACGAGAUGAAAGUAAAAAAGCGAUACGGUUGGGAAAACAGGCCUCUGUAAAGCAACUUUAUGAGAAAGUUUGCUCUAUGACAGGUGUUGCGCAAGAAAAGGCUCACAUCUGGGAUUACUUCGACAAGAGGAAAAACCGACUCUUGGAUCCUUCAUCUACCAAGACCCUAGAAGAGUCAAGCCUUCAUAUGGACCAAGAUAUUCUUCUUGAAGUUGAUGGGUCGUCUGCAUCUCAAUAUGAAAUGAGCUCGGCAGGAAACGAGUUAGCUCUGGUACCUCUAGAACCUUCAAGGUCGAGCGUUACAAUUGCUGGGGGGCCUACAUUAUCAAAUGGCCAUUCCAACACGUCAAAGUUUAGUCUCUUUCCGAGAAUACCUUCUGAAGACGAUGGCGGUGAUUCUUUGAGUAGUCUUGGAAAAGGAGAGAAGGGAGGAUUAGCAGGAUUGAGUAAUCUGGGAAAUACCUGCUUUAUGAAUAGUGCUCUUCAAUGUUUGGCUCACACACCUCCAAUUAUGGAAUACUUCUUGCAAGAUUACAGUGAGGACAUAAAUAGAGAUAAUCCUUUGGGAAUGUGUGGUGAGCUUGCUAUCGCAUUUGGUGAUUUGUUGAAGAACUUAUGGUCAUCAGGAAAGAAUGCAGUUGCACCACGCUCUUUUAAGACAAAAUUGGCUAGAUUUGCUCCACAGUUUAGUGGUUACAAUCAGCAUGAUUCUCAAGAACUGCUCGCUUUCUUAUUGGAUGGGCUGCACGAAGAUUUAAAUAAG